AUUCACUAUGCGUUUCUGCUUUGUUCUACAGACCUUGAUGUCCGGCUUCAUGGCCGCCUCCCUCGUUAUGGCCAGCGACUCCGGAUUGGACGUGACUCUCAGCCAAGUGAACAACACGCGCAUCAAGGCGGUGGUUAAGAACGUUGGCAAGGAGGAGGUCACCUUUUCUCACCUUAAUUUCUUCGGUGAUGCAGCUCCCGUCAAGAAGGUGGCUGUAUUCCGCAAUGACACCGAGAUUGAAUUCCAGGGCAUCCGACGGCGCGUUAAGACCCAUAACCUAUCAGAAGACGCGUUGACCACCCUUGCCCCCGGCGCCACCUUCGAAGAUGAAUUUGACACUGCGUCAACCUGCGAUCUCACCAAAGGGGGCAGCGUUACAAUAAGCUCCUCCGGUAUCGUAUCUACCGUCAAGAACAGCAGCUUUAACGGGCAUAUCCCUUUCACCUCCAACAAGCUUACUAUCGAUGUCGACGCUGCAGCGGCUGCUUUAGUAACCAAGGCUGUCAGGCUUCUGAACCGUCGUACUAUGCUCACAGACUGUUUAGGAUCUCGUCUACCCACCAUGAUGACAGCAUUGAGUAAUACUGUCUCCCUUGCCAAUGCUGCCGCUGAGGCUGCCACCUCAGGUUCUGCCUCGCGAUUCCUGGAAUACUUUAAGACAAACUCUAGCGAGGCGCGCAGUACUGUAGCAGCACGGUUAAGUGCUGUCGCCAACGAGGCAAACUCAACUUCAUCCGGCCGUACCUCGUACUACUGCGCCGAUCUAUUCGGAUACUGUAGCCCGAACGUACUGGCAUAUACCAUUCCCUCCUACAAUAUUAUUGCCAACUGCGAUAUCUACUAUACCGCGCUGUCGGCGUUGACGGGAAGCUGCCAUGCUCAGGACCAGGCCACCACCUCACUACACGAGUUUACCCAUGCUCCGGGAGUCUAUAGCCCUGGCACAGAAGACUACGCUUAUGGAUACGAGGCCGCUACUGCGUUGAAUGCCAGUCAGGCCUUGCUCAAUGCGGACACUUAUGCGUUGUUUGCGAAUGCCGUGUACCUGAACUGCUAGAUCA